CUCUCCUGUGUCCUCACUGUCGCGCCCAUGGCCUCGGAGUCUCUAACCUCUACAGCAACCAAAGAGCAACACGACAUUACAGUAGGCACCAUAACAUGCACCGCCUCGAUUCCCUUUGGAGGCCAGGGCCAAUGGCUCUACCUACCGGCAACCAACAAGUUUGACCUGUCUCGGGGAUCAGAACGAAAGAUGGUGUUUGAGUGUGAUGAAGAAGAAAACAACCACACUGGCUUCAUGAUUGACCCUGGCACAUCCGUCUUGAUAGUCGUCGACAUGCAAAACUACUUUGUCCAUCCACUAUAUCGUGAUCACGCGGCAGGAAUUGCGGCAGUCGAGCCUACGCUCAAGGUCAUCGAGACAUGUCGCAGCCAAGGCAUUCAGGUUGCCUGGCUCAAUUGGGGCAUCACCGACGUCGACCUGAACAAGAUGGCUCCCGCUGUCCAGCGCGGUUUCAGCAAGACGCUAGGAUGGCAUGUGGGACUGGGAGCUCAGCUACCUGACGGCCAAGGAAGAUGCCUGUUCAAGCGCACUUGGAACGCCGACCUCUACGCGCCCUUCAAAGCUGUCGCCCAGCCCGGCGACCUCUUCUUCGACAAGACACGAAUGAGCGGCUUGUGGUCGGAGAGGGAACCUUUGCAUGCCUAUCUGCGAGCAUCUGGCAAACAGACGCUGCUCUUUGCUGGCGUCAACACGGAUCAGUGCGUCUUUGGCACCGUGUCCGACGCCUACUCGUACGGAUGGGACUGCAUCCUGCUCCGCGAUUGCACAGGAACCAUGACGGGGCGUGGGGCACAAGAACUGGCCGAGUAUCAGAUUUCGCGCAACAUGGGCUUCGUCAUCGACAGCGAUGCCUUCUGCAGCGCCCGAGUCAUUGACUCUGCCAAACAGCGUGUGCACUCCCAACCGAGCAAAAGCCACUGCUGCUCAACGGCCCCAAGAACGUCAAGCAUGUCCGAGCAAGUCAUUGACGACUUCCUCCCCAGCCUCAGGCUUUCCAUCACCUGGCCCAAUGGCACGGCCCAACUCGGCAACACAAUCGAGCCAGACGACCUCCAGGAUCAACCAACCAUUGUCUUACACGACGACACAAGCCCGGAUGGGAAGCAUUCCAGCUCAGGAAUGAGCUACGUUGUCACCCUGACGGACCCUGAUGCGCCUUCACGCGACAACCCUGAGUGGAGCGAGAUGUGCCACUGGAUUGCCUCCAACGUCACCAUAGCUCCAGACACGUUUUCCAUCAUGCCGGAAUUUGGCCCGGUGGAACAAAGCGAAUCCACGGCUGCAGCGCUGCAGGAUGUCAUGGAAUACAAGCCGCCUGGCCCGCCACCCAAGACCGGCAAGCAUCGCUACGUGUUUCUUGUUUUUGCACCCAAAAACGGAACCACCAAGCCUCUGCACCUGAGCAAACCCGAGGACCGCCAGCAUUGGGGGACUGGGAAGGAGGGCGGUGGUGUGAGGGAGUGGGCCACUGAUAAUGGGCUGGUUCCCGUGGCGGCCAACUUUAUCUAUUCUGAAAACGAGGAGCAGUAAUUUGCCAUGGUCAAGAAGGUAGCACACGAGGUAUUACGAAGACUACACCAUUGUAUAUCUAGCAUCAUGAGUAAUGAUAUGGAAU